UUAGAUUGAGGCGUGUGGUGAAUGAAGGGAAGAUGGUGGUGGACGGUGGCUCGUUUUUUAUUCGUAAAAAGAAGACAAGUGAAGUGAGGGGCAAGAAAAGGAAGGCAGAAGAUGGCAAAGAUAAAGUUCGCAAGAAAUUUGAUGCAGUGUUGAAUGAAGAGAUUUCCAGUGACUCAGAGACUGAAAGUGUUGAGCACAAAAAGAAAGCUGCUAAGACAUUGGAGAUUGAGGAAACUGCACAGGAGAAGAAGCUGCGACUUGCCAAGCUUUAUCUGGAACAACUACGGCAAGAAGAAGAGGAGAAGGCGGAGGAGGAACAAUUUGAGAGUGACCUCAUUGGAGGGAGGUUGGAGGAGGAUGUGCUGGAACAGAAGGGAAAACUAAAGCGACUCCUCGCCAAAGAUUAUCUUCCACCCGACGCAUCUGAGAUUCGCCUGUUACGUGGUCACCAGCUUGCUAUCACGUGCCUAGUUCUAUCCCCUGAUGAUAAACACAUAUUCUCAGCAUCCAAAGAUUGUUCCAUCAUUAAAUGGGACAUCACCAGUGGUAAAAAGGUUCACACAAUCUGUGGAGGGCGCAAGGGGACAGAAGAUCAACAUGUGAGGCACACAAUGCACAUCCUCUCCAUGGCAAUCUCAUCAGAUGGCAAGUUCUUGGCUACAGGUGACAGAAACAAGCUGAUCUUGAUAUGGGAUGCUGUUACGUGCCAACACCUUCACACAUUCAAAGGGCAUAAAGAUGCAGUGUCGGGCUUGUCCUUUAGGAAAGGGACACAUCAGUUAUACAGUGCCUCUCUUGACCGCUCAAUCAAGUUAUGGAAUGUCGACCAGAAUGCCUACAUUGAAACACUGUUUGGUCACCAGGACGCAAUCACAGGACUGGACAGCCUUAGUCGAGAGCGCUGUGUCACGUCAGGGGGCAGAGACCGGACGGUGCGCAUUUGGAAGAUUGUGGAGGAAGCACAGCUCAUAUUUCAUGGUCAUGAGAGUUCCAUUGACUGCAUUCAACUGAUAAACGAGGAGACAAUGGUGUCUGGAGCUGAUGACGGCUCCUUGGCCCUUUGGACAGUUACUAAGAAGAAGCCUCUGGUAACUGUCAGGGCAGCUCACGGUAUCCAAGGAGACCCAGGCAUAGAGCAGCCAAAUUGGAUUACUUCUGUGGCAACACUGCUGAACAGUGAUUUGAUAGCCUCAGGUUCGCAAAAUUCCCAAAUCAGACUCUGGAAGUGUGGGGAGGGAUUUAAGCAACUGGAGCCGCUCUUUGACAUCCCUGUGGUUGGCUUUGUGAAUUGUUUAAAAUUUUCCAAUUCCGGUGACUUUUUAGUGGCUGGUGUGGGACAGGAGCACAGGUUGGGUCGGUGGUGGAGACUAAAAGAAGCUAAGAAUGGAAUCUAUGUAAUACCCCUGAAAAAGACACAAACUAAACAAUUGGGAGAGAGCAAAUAAUUCCAAUAUGAACAGCUGAUAUUUGUAUGAGAUUUCUCCAGAGACUUGAGUGCCUUUAUUUGUAAAUAAAAUUAUAGUGCAUUCACAGCA